AAGUAUACGCCACGCAUAAACGACGUCAUUUCAUGCUUAAAUUAAUUCUCCUUAAAACUUCUCGUACCGCCGAUCGCCACCACUACCGCCGCCGCCGAUCUAGGGUUUUGACAAGCCGGUGAUAUUUUUUUCCAGAAUGGAGGACAAAGGCACAGUUACAAGCCUUAAAACCAUACAAGAACUAGCAGUAGAAGGGCAAAAGCAUUUAGAAGAUACAAUAGAAGCAGCACAUCAAAUUCUCUCCGCCAUGAACGAUGAACUCUGUAAUCCAUCACUUUGGUCCACUCUAAAUACAGCUGCUUCUUCUGCGUCGGCGUCGGCGGCGGGUGGAGGAGUUGGUGCUAGUGCUGUUUUGAGUAACGGACAACAGCUCCAUACAAACGGCGACAUUUCGUCUGAUACUUCUUCGUCUUCUUCUGCUUCAGCUCAGCAUUUGGAUAUUGGUGGUGGUGCUCUUGAUGAAUCUCGUCUGCGUUAUAAGUCCUCUAUUGCUUCCUUGCGUUCUGUUCUUACGGCAAUUUCUAAUUCCCAAAAGGCAAAAGCAUUGGAAGCUGCUUCUGCUAGUGGUUCACUAUCUGCAGCAGAUCAAGCUGAAAUUGAGCAGCUGGAAGACCGGGCCUCUUCAUUAAAAAAGGAGCUUGUAGACAAGAACAAGCAUCUCAAGCUUCUGAUUGAUCAGCUUCGAGAUCUUCUUGCUGACCUAUGUACAUGGCAGAGUCCCUGUUCUACAUGACUCUGCUGCUAUAACUUCAAGCAGAUAAUUAAACCGGUGAGGUGUUAGAGAUGCCAAAAAAGAAAUGUAUUCAAUCCUAAGAAACUGUUUUAUUUUUCCCUUCUUUUGUACAGAAGUUACUGCUAGAUUUAAACAAUUGAUCAUCGUCGAACACCUGCAAUGAUGCUGCUCGCGGUGCUACUGUUGUUUAUGUUUAGAUGUUCUGUCUGGUCUGAAAUGAGCUGAAAAUGUGUAGAAUAUAUGAUCUGUUAGGGUGGGAAGACUGAAGAGGGAAAAGGAGAAACCUUUUGAUCUUUAACUAAUUAUGCUAAAUUUGUUUUGUUGUACACUAUAAUUGUCUCCUUGCAGCUAAUUGUGCCUUGGUUUGCUCUGUUAAAGAAGCCCGUGAAAUUGUUUAGUAGCAUUACAAAUCUAUCAUAGAGCUUUGUUCAUGA